GGGUAGGGGAGCGCAUGCGCAGGAUCCUGGCGAGCGAGGGAGCCGCGGCGCUAGGAGGGGAGAGCAGAGGAGAGAGAAGAGAGAAGAGAGAAGGGAGAAGGAGGAGUGGGAGCUAGAGCGGGAGCAGCAGCUGCCUGCCGAGAGGUAGAGAGUCCUUCUCCUGAGCGGACCGGGAGCUGCGGAGCUGCUUUAGAGGGAGGGGGAGACAGCCCGGGGGUGGGCCGGGAAACCCCUCCCUCCGGAGCCCGCGGAGGUGCCUUCCACCCCCUCCCCAUCCUGCCCCAUCCGGAACGGCCUCGGCUUCUGUCCGGCAUGAGCUGCUGACUGUCCGCCUUCCCGCUCGCCGCCCCCGGUGGGCUCCGAGUGCGCCACCGCCGCCGGGGCGCCGAAGCCCGGAGCCCAGCCCGGAGCCAGCCGGGCUGCCAGCCGCCCCCGGAGCCGCGGCAGCGGCAGCAGCAGCAACAUCAGCAUCAGCAUCAGCAUCAGCGGCAGCGGCAGCGGCGGCAGCCCCGACCCGGCAGCCGCCCCCGCGCCCAGAGAAACUGUUGAUAGGCGCUGAGCCCGCAGGGGAAGCUGCUCCUCCGGCCUGGCCAUGUGGACCCCCACCGAGGAGGAGAAAUACGGCGUAGUGAUAUGCAGCUUUCGUGGAUCUGUACCCCAAGGCUUAGUCCUGGAAAUAGGAGAAACUGUUCAGAUUCUGGAAAAAUGUGAAGGUUGGUAUAGAGGAGUUUCAACAAAGAAACCUAAUGUAAAGGGGAUCUUUCCUGCAAACUACAUUCAUUUGAAAAAGGCAAUUGUCAGCAACAGAGGGCAGUAUGAAACUGUGGUACCAUUGGAAGAUUCUAUUGUGACAGAGGUCACAGCAACACUACAAGAGUGGGCUAGUCUCUGGAAGCAACUCUAUGUGAAACACAAAGUAGAUCUUUUCUACAAAUUACGUCACGUAAUGAAUGAACUUAUUGACCUUCGGAGGCAGCUACUCUCGGGUCACCUUACUCAGGAUCAGGUGCGAGAAGUCAAGAGACAUAUCACAGUACGCCUGGACUGGGGGAAUGAGCAUUUGGGCCUGGACCUAGUUCCUCGAAAGGACUUUGAAGUGGUGGAUUCUGACCAGAUUAGUGUCUCUGAUCUCUAUAAAAUGCACUUAUCUAGCCGGCACAGCGUACAGCAAAGUACAUCCCAGGUGGAUACCAUCCGUCCACGUCAUGGAGAAGCCUGCCGGAUACCAGUGCCACAUCAUUUUUUCCUCAGUCUAAAAAGUUUCACUUAUAAUACCAUUGGAGAAGAUACAGAUGUCUUUUUUUCCUUGUAUGACAUGAGAGAAGGCAAGCAGAUCAGUGAGCGGUUUCUGGUGAGACUGAACAAGAAUGGUGGGCCAAGGAACCCAGAGAAGAUAGAUCGAAUGUGUGCCCUUUUUACAGAUCUGAGCAGCAAAGAUAUGAAGAGAGAUUUAUACAUAGUAGCCCAUGUGAUCCGAAUAGGUCGUAUGUUGCUGAACGAUUCUAAGAAAGGUCCUGCCCACUUACACUACCGGCGCCCUUAUGGCUGUGCUGUCUUAAGCAUCGUGGAUGUUCUUCAGUCACUUUCUGAAUUAAAGGAAGAAAAGGAUUUUGUUCUUAAAGUUUACACAUGCAACAAUGAAAAUGAAUGGUACCAGGUCCAUGAAAAUAUCAUCCGAAAGUCUAGCACGAAGUACACUGCUCCCAGCUCCAACUACGGUCUUAUAAUUUCUUUGCAGCUUCUUCGUGGGGACAUGGACCAGAUUCGGAGGGAAAACCCUAUGAUCUUUAACAGGGGCUUGGCAGUUACCAGGAAAUUGGGUUUCCCUGAUGUCAUCAUGCCAGGCGAUAUCCGAAAUGAUCUUUACCUAACCCUGGAAAAGGGAGAUUUUGAGAGGGGGGGAAAGAGCGUGCAAAAGAAUAUCGAAGUGACCAUGUACGUUCUCUAUGCAGAUGGAGAAAUUUUAAAGGACUGCAUCAGCCUUGGCUCCGGAGAGCCCAGCAGGAGUUCUUACCAUUCUUUUGUCCUCUACCAUAGUAACAGCCCUCGAUGGGGGGAAAUCAUCAAAUUACCCAUCCCUAUAGAUAGGUUCCGUGGCUCCCAUCUGCGAUUUGAGUUCAGACAUUGUUCGACAAAAGACAAAGGAGAAAAGAAACUGUUUGGCUUUGCAUUUACUCCUCUGAUGCGAGAUGAUGGCACCACCCUCUCCGAUGAUAUCCACGAACUCUAUGUCUAUAAGUGUGAUGAGAAUAGUACAUUUAAUAACCACGCACUCUACCUGGGUCUCCCAUGCUGCAAAGAAGACUACAAUGGCUGUCCCAAUAUUCCUUCCAGUCUCAUCUUCCAACGCAGCACCAAAGAGACCUUCUCUAUCUCCACACAGCUCUCAUCCACCAAACUUACUCAGAAUGUGGACCUCCUUGCUUUGCUGAAGUGGAAGGCUUAUCCAGACCGGAUCAUGGAUAUUCUGGGGCGCCUCCGGCAUGUCAGUGGGGAAGAAAUCGUUAAGUUUCUGCAAGAUAUCUUAGACACACUGUUUGUGAUUUUGGAUGAUAAUACUGAAAAAUAUGGACUUUUGGUCUUUCAAUCCCUGGUAUUCAUCAUUAAUCUGCUCCGAGACAGCAAGUAUUUCCAUUUUCGACCUGUGAUGGACACCUACAUUCAGAAGCACUUUGCUGGAGCAUUGGCAUAUAAAGAACUGAUCCGUUGUUUAAAAUGGUACAUGGACCGCUCGGCAGAACUUGUUCGACAGGACCAUAUUCAAGAGGCCAUGAGGGCUUUGGAAUACCUUUUCAAGUUCAUUGUCCAGUCUCGGAUACUCUACUCCAGAGCUACAUGUGGAAUGGAGGAGGAACAAUUCCGAUCCAGCAUUCAAGAACUUUUCCAAUCCAUCCGAUUUGUCCUGAGCUUGGACAGCCGAAGCUCUGAAACACUCCUUUUCACCCAGGCUGCUCUGCUGAACUCCUUCCCUGCCAUCUUUGACGAACUGCUCCAGAUGUUCACUGUCCAAGAGGUUGCAGAGUUUGUGAGAGGGACUCUGGGGAGCAUGCCCAGUACAGUGCACAUUGGACAAUCCAUGGACGUGGUGAAGCUUCAGUCUAUUGCCCGCACAGUCGAUAGCCGCCUGUUUUCCUUUUCUGAAUCCAGACGCAUCCUUCUCCCUGUGGUUCUUCACCAUAUCCACUUACAUCUAAGGCAACAAAAGGAGCUGCUGAUCUGCUCCGGGAUCCUCAGCAGCAUUUUCUCCAUCAUCAAGACCAGCUCGUUGGAAGCAGAUGUAGUGGAGGAGGUUGAAAUGAUGGUGGAGAGCCUUUUGGAUGUGCUCUUACAGACUCUGCUCACUAUCAUGAGUAAAUCACAGUCUCAGGAGGCGGUAAGAGGGCAGCGGUGCCCGCAGUGCACAGCCGAAAUCACUGGAGAAUAUGUAUCCUGCCUCCUCUCUCUUCUCCGUCAGAUGUCAGACACACAUUUCCAACAUUUAUUGGACAACUUUCAGAGCAAGGAUGAGCUCAAGGAGUUCCUGCUUAAGAUAUUCUGUGUAUUCCGGAACCUGAUGAAGAUGAGCGUCUUUCCUCGGGACUGGAUGGUGAUGAGGCUGCUCACAAGCAAUAUCAUCGUCACCACUGUCCAGUACCUGUCUUCUGCGCUCCACAAGAAUUUCACAGACACAGACUUUGAUUUUAAGGUGUGGAAUUCCUAUUUUAGCCUGGCAGUCCUGUUCAUAAAUCAACCAAGCCUCCAGCUAGAAAUUGUCACUCCCGCCAAGAGGAAGAAGAUUCUAGACAAAUACGGUGACAUGCGUGUGAUGAUGGCUUACGAACUGUUCAGCAUGUGGCAGAACCUGGGUGAACACAAAAUUCACUUUAUUCCGGGAAUGAUCGGUCCUUUUCUGGGUGUUACACUAGUCCCCCAGCCAGAGGUUCGUAAUAUCAUGAUCCCCAUAUUUCAUGAUAUGAUGGACUGGGAGCAGAGGAAAAAUGGCAACUUCAAACAGGUGGAAGCUGAGCUAAUCGAUAAGCUGGAUAGCUUGGUCUCAGAAGGGAAAGGAGAUGAGAACUACAGGGAGCUCUUCAGCCUACUAACUCAGCUGUUUGGGCCCUACCCAAGUCUACUAGAGAAAAUUGAACAGGAAACAUGGAGAGAAACAGGCAUUUCGUUUGUGACUUCUGUCACUCGUCUCAUGGAGCGGCUCCUUGACUACAGGGACUGCAUGAAAGGAGAUGAAACUGAGAAUAAAAAGAUUGGCUGCACAGUUAAUUUGAUGAACUUUUACAAAUCUGAAAUCAAUAAAGAGGAAAUGUACAUCCGAUACAUCCAUAAGCUAUGUGACAUGCAUUUACAGGCUGAAAACUAUACUGAGGCUGCAUUUACUCUGCUUCUGUACUGUGAAUUGCUUCAGUGGGAAGAUCGGCCACUUCGGGAAUUCCUCCACUACCCAUCACAAACUGAAUGGCAGCGAAAAGAGGGCUUGUGCCGAAAGAUCAUUCACUAUUUCAACAAAGGGAAGAGCUGGGAAUUUGGGAUUCCACUGUGCCGGGAGCUUGCCUGCCAGUAUGAAAGUCUCUACGAUUACCAAAGCCUAAGUUGGAUCCGGAAAAUGGAAGCCACCUACUAUGACAACAUCAUGGAGCAGCAACGUCUGGAGCCUGAAUUCUUCAGAGUUGGUUUCUAUGGAAGGAAGUUCCCUUUCUUCCUCCGGAAUAAGGAAUAUGUCUGUCGGGGCCAUGACUACGAAAGGCUAGAAGCUUUUCAACAAAGGAUGCUGAGCGAGUUCCCGCAAGCGAUUGCCAUGCAGCACCCCAACCACCCAGAUGACUCCAUCUUGCAGUGUGAUGCCCAGUAUUUGCAGAUCUAUGCAGUGACACCAAUUCCAGAUUAUGUGGAUGUCCUUCAGAUGGAUCGUGUUCCGGAUCGAAUCAAAAGCUUUUAUCGUGUCAACAAUGUUAAGAAGUUCCGAUAUGACAGACCUUUCCAUAAAGGUCCAAAGGACAAGGACAAUGAAUUCAAGAGUCUGUGGAUUGAGCGAACUACCCUAACCUUGACCCACAGUUUACCUGGAAUUUCUCGAUGGUUUGAAGUGGAGAGAAGAGAGCUGGUUGAAGUGAGCCCUUUGGAAAAUGCAAUCCAGGUUGUUGAGAACAAAAACCAGGAGCUUCGGACACUGAUCAGCCAGUAUCAACACAAACAAAUGCAUGGCAAUAUUAACCUGCUCAGCAUGUGCCUGAAUGGAGUCAUAGAUGCUGCUGUUAAUGGUGGCAUUGCUCGGUACCAGGAGGCUUUCUUCGAUAAAGAUUAUAUUACUAAGCACCCAGGGGAUGCAGAGAAAAUCACACAACUGAAGGAGCUCAUGCAGGAGCAGGUCCACGUCCUUGGAGUAGGGCUAGCAGUUCAUGAGAAAUUUGUUCAUCCAGAAAUGCGUCCUCUACAUAAGAAGCUAAUUGAUCAGUUCCAGAUGAUGCGGGCUAGUCUCUAUCAUGAGUUUCCUGGUUUGGAUAAACUGAGUCCAGCAUGUUCUGGCACGAACACAACCCGAGGAACCGUUCUGGUGUCCCAUAGCCCAAUGAGCCCAGAGACCAUCAAGAUGGUGCAUCGUCACAGCCCAAUGAACUUGAUGGGAUCCGGCCGCCACUCGUCAUCGUCUCUCUCCUCUCACGCGUCCAGUGAAGCGGGGAACAUGGUGAUCCUGCCUGACGGCUCCAUGGGAGAAGUCCCCGAGGACAUGUACCAUCACAUGCAGCUUACUUAUCCCAGCACCAGAUACCAGGGCUCAAUCACCAACGUCUCUGUUCUGUCCUCAUCCCAGGCUAGCCCUUCCUCCUCCAGCCUGAGCUCUACCCACUCAGCCCCCUCUCAAAUGAUGAAUUCUGCCCCACCCAGUGCCCGAGGCUCUCCCUCUCUGCCAGAUAAGUACCGACACUCUCGGGAGCUGAUGAUGCUGCUGCCUGCGCACCGGGACCGCCCGAGCAGCGCCAUGUAUCCAGCCGGAGUCAUGGAGCACGGACAGCCUCCAAAUUUCCAGCGUGCUUUGUUCCAGCAAAUGAUCGGACCCUGUAAGCCCUGCAGCGACCCUAACCUAUCUGUGGCUGAAAAAGCUGUAGCCACAGCCCCCAGCAGCUGGAGCCUGGACAGUGGAACCCGAGAGGCCCUGCCAUUGCUGUCUGCCCAUGUGGGGAGCAUCUUGGCCCCACCAGUACCUCCUCGAAGCCUUUCCCAUGGACACUAUUCCCUACACUUUGAUGCCUUCCAUCAUCCCCUCGGCGAUGCUCCUCCAGCCCUUCCUGCUCGGACGCUACGCAAGUCUCCUCUCCACCCCAUCCCUGCGUCGCCCACAAGUCCCCAGUCUGGCCUGGACGGAAGCAACUCUACCCUGUCGGGCAGUGCCAGCAGCGGGGUGUCCUCCCUGAGCGAGAGUAACUUCGGGCAUUCUUCAGAGGUGCCGCCUCGCACCGACACCAUGGACUCGGUGCCGAGCCAGGCCUGGAACACGGACGAAGACUUAGAGACGCCCUACCUCCCCGUCCGCUACAGCCUCUCAGAGCCCGACGUCUUGGAGUCGGUCAAGUCUCAGCCGUGCCGGAGCCACUCUGCCCCGAGCGGAGUCAUCCCUCAGGACCCCAUGGACCCCCCUCCUGCUUUGCCCCCCAAACCCUACCAUUCCCGGCACCCGCCCCUGGAGCACGAGGAGGGGAUGAUGAUGAUGGAAGAAGACGACAGCAAGCACCGGCCCCUGCACCGGAAAGUCUCCCUGCCCCCAGCCAGUAUCAAGGAAGAGCAAGCCAGGGUGGCCUGGGAGCACGGCCUCGGCGAGCAGUAGACCGAGCGGAGUGGUGAGCAGAGGAACUUGCCAUUACUGGGGCCAGCGCAGGUCGCCCGGAGGGGAACUACAAAGGCGUGGGACUCAGAAGAGAGAAACGACUCGAUUCUCCCCAUUCUACUGCCGUGAACUCCUGUGUCGACUGUGUACAGAGAUGGUGCCAGCAUGCAAUGUUGCUGCUUUUAUUUUUAGUUUAUUUUCUACUCUUACCUUUUUUAUUGGAGCUUUCCUUGCCCUCUUCCUCUGUGCAGUGGAUGCUUUCUUCCCUCUGCAGCUACCACCCACCCAAACAGGUGUGGGUGUAACCUUUAGCCGUAGAGAGUGUCCCAGUCCCGGAAGGGGAGCAGAAGCAUCCCCUUCCAAGCACUGGCUCCUCCGGCUUUGGAAACACACACAAGCCGUUGCACUAGGGACCUUUCUCUUUGCUGUACAGAUGCAAAAGCUCAUGAUUACAUUCAGGGAUUGUGUAGACUGCACAUGGCAAACUUGGAGGUGGUCCGCGGACGGGAGACAAAGAACUGCUAUGAAGAAAAAUAAAAUCAGCUCUUCCAGGAACGUUUGCUCAUGUGGCUUCCUGGGCCUCCUUCGCUGGCCCAGGUGGGCUGAUCUGACUUCUACAUCUUAGCCAUACUGCCGCCUUCCACGGGGCUGCCGAAGGCCCCGGGGUUCCAGCUCACCUCCCUACUGCCUCCUCUAGUUUUCUCUCCAUAAGUAGGAUCUCCGAACAUUUGCUCCCUCCCUCCCCAUGCCCCAGGAGGCAGGGCCUCUCCCCAAUUUGGCUGCAGGGCCAGCAAGGAUUGGGUAGCCCCCAGGUCCCAAGCCCAUCCUCUGGAGCCUUCUUCCGGCUCGGUUCCGGGCAGUUGUCAACACCAUUGCUCAGAGUCUAGUUAUCCGAGAGUAGGGCUGUAGAACACCCCACGUGAGAAAGAUUUCCCAUACCACCUUCCCCAGAGCAGAGAGCCCGGCUCCUGCCCGCAGUCUUUGGGUAGGUUCUUUCCUGGGCACAGGAGGCUGUUCAUUCUGAUUGGGCUGACAUCCACCAGGUCCUUCCACUGCUGUAAGGCCUCCUAGUGUAAGAGAGGGGCCGUCCUAUCUCAGCAGCUCCGAAGCGAUCAGAAUGUAGCCCAUUCUCCAGAGUCAGGGAUUUUCAACACUACCUCUGUGUAAAAGAGACUGGCAGCCCCGCUGAAGCAGGCUGAAGGAAACUCAGGCUCAGCCAGCUACUUCCUGAGUAGGAAGGAUGAGGAGGUACAUUUUUUUUGUCUCCUUUAGAAACUUAUCCCCAUGCAAAUGAAAUCCCCUUCAUGUCUGGUGUCCCCAGGACUAGAGGGGGCAGAGAGGCAGGGUGAGGUGGUAUCCUGUUACUAAGGAGCCCAAGCCACAUAACGCCGUUGCCUUCUGCCACUGAUUUAUCAUGGUAUUCUAACACAGUGUUCAAGGGUUGCUGGGGGUAAACCCCAAGAACAGUUUUCAAUGGCUUCGCUGGCCUAAAAAAGGAUGUCAGAGCUCUCGAAAGCCCUAGUGGACAACAGUGUCUUUAUAGGAAACUCUAAUCAGGUCAGGAUACUGGUUUUCCUCUUGGUUUAAUAUGGGGGGAAAUGGGGUGGAUGGGAAUACUUUAUCAGGGUGCUUCUAAGUUACUUUUGAAAAAUAACGAUGUCUAUGAACAAAACUUUUUUUAGCGUUACUUUCAUUUCCUGGAGUUAACAUUAGUGUGAGUCAGUGUUUGGUCAUUACAAAGCCCCCUGUGUCCUGGUUCAAAUCUAUUUCCCACCCUGUUUUUCCUUCUCCUGACUUCUCCGGACUCUGACCGGGCAGUCUGCCAGCAUUUUUGGUGCCUGGUUUUUAAACCCUAAUCCCUUCCCCUUUUGAAGUAGAAAAGGCAAGUUGAUGUAAUGUGUCUUUUUGCAAAGGAGCACCCGAGUUCACAGUAAGAACGCCAUUCCCCUCUGACCUCCUCCCUCCCAUGGACAGGGCAAGGAACUUAUAAAAAUCUAUUUUCCCUGGGGACUGCUGUGGACAUGUCUACCUUAGUUCAGGAGAUUCCAGAAGAAUGCCCUUGGAUUAUCAUUCAUGAACAGGGCCGAGUGAGGCGCAAAAAAAGGAAGGUUCUUCUCAUUUAGUGACUGAAAAUGGAGAUCAGCCAGACUUCUCAGGGAAUUAAAGGGGGAGACAAAGGUGCUCUGACUGAGCCUUUGUUUCCUGGUUGACUGGGAUUCCUGAGAUAGUGUUCACCAUGGUUUGGGUGAUUCUUGGAUUGAAUAUUAGGUUUGAUCUUUGGGUGGAGGGAAUCAAACUGGUGUCAGAGGAGCUGCGAUUCCCUUCACAGAGCUGUCUGAAAGAAUGGUAAACCAGUCACCAAAGGUAGGAGUCUCUCUUGGUUCUUCUACCUGUUCCAUGUUUUUAUGGAAGGUAUAAUGGGUUCAGUUCAUCUAGCUCUGUGUAGGAUAAUCAUAUGGGUGAUUUAUUGUUUUCCUUCGUCUACAUUUCCUGGAUAAAACUGGGUAAAAAGGACCUAUCCCCAAACCACUUCCUAUCAGCAAACCAGCCAAGUUUGAGGGGGAGGGGAAACUGUGGAAAACAGAGGGGAGAAUUUUUUGAAAAGAUUAUAUGAUCUUUUGAUUUUCAUUUUGUCAGGCAUCUUUGUAUAUAUUUUCAUUUGAAUGCUAUGUAUUUGUACAGGAAUUUGAGCAAAAAAUGUAUAGAUUGUGAUGUCUCAUGGGUACUCUGCCCUGUAAAUGUGUUUUUAAUCUCUGGCAUUCUGUGCUUAUUUAAAAUGAGAAAUCCUCUAACCACUUCUUUUGUGUAGUCAUGUUUUAAAAAAAAAACUACAAAAAAAAAACAAACCUCUAUCUUAACUAUACAGGAAAGCAGAGUUAAAAGGAAAAAAAGGAAUUUGUACCCAUGUCCUCAAAGGUAUUUACUGUAUAUAUUGUGAUAGCAUGUUCUGGACCCAACAAAUAAGUGAUGUGAAUUUUAGAUGUAAAUAUCCCCCUGUUUGGUUUGUUUGGGGGUUUUUUUCCCCUUCCCUCCCCUCUUCACUCUACUGCUGUGAUGUGGAAUUAAAGAUGAUUACCUGAUACUGA